AUGCCAGUGAAAAGUAAAUUCUAUCUCUUGCUUAAACAUAAAACAAGUAUUAUACGAUGGAAGAUGGAGACUAUAUUCUUCCGCCCUAUGGGCCUUUAAAUCGAGCAGAUAGGAAUUAACCACCUUAAUCACUACUCUUGGAGUCCUUUAGAUGCUUAUUUAAUAGGAUCUGAUAAUAACAUAAAACCUUAACCAAUUAAACUAAAACUUUUAAGGUUUCGUUUAGCAGGUUCAAAUUGGUUCAUAGUUUCAACCUUUAAGUACAUCACAAAUUUUUUCGGCUCAAACCUAAGGGAACUAUACAAUCGGAGGAGCCAGGCUCAAGAUGACAACAACAAAUUCAAGGCUACCUUCUAAAUGAUAGGAAAUAUUUUUGGCCCUUAAAAAUUAAACAAUCUCAAUCAAGAAAACUUUGGAAAUAAUGAAAUUAAUAAUUUAGUGACAAACAAUAAUAAUUUUUGUUCUGGAGUUAAUAAUAAUUUGAGAGCCAAUGAAGAAGUUAGAAAUGAAUUCCAAGGCAUGAAUCAAUUCCAGAAUAUAUAUUUUGACAAGAUCAUUCUCAGAGUAGAGAAUUGGCAUGAGGAAUUAGAGUGCUGGGUUCUCUAUAUUAUAAUAGGUUCUAGUCAUGACAAUAUUAUUAAAAAAAUAUACUUAUCAUAAUAAUGA